UUAAUCUCAAACUCUUGUACAUCAGAACUUACACAACAAAAUAUGGCUUCCCUUCCUCUUGCCAUUUCCUCUCUGACUCUGCUCUUCCUCACUUCCCUGUUUCCAUCACCCACCGUAUCGAAAAAUCUUAACUCCUCAGUCCCUACCGUAGCACAAUGCGCUUCUCGGCUUAUUCCUCUGGCCACAUGUGCACCAUUUGUGCAAGGCACCGCCCCAUCACCUGGGCAGACAUGCUGCGACAACCUCAAUCUAGUCUAUAGCCAGCAGCCUAGCUGCCUUUGCCUUUUGCUCAAUAGCACCACUCUCAGCUCUUUCCCUAUAAACACCACACUAGCUCUCCAGCUGCCUGCUCUUUGCACCAUUCCAGUGGAUGCCUCUGCUUGCUCUGGAGCACAGGUGCCACCUAGUUCACCUACUUCCCAAGUUUCCUUUGGGGCAAACAACACCUCACCUCCUACCAACUCGACAGUGGCUGCCUCUCCAAUAGUUAAAGCUCCACCGCCAAGAACCGGCCCAGGGGUAGGGUUUCCCAAGAGUGCAAGCACUAGUCUAAAAUUGAGCGCCGGAGCUUAUGCAGUGUCGGUGAUUAUGGCUGGAUUUCUGAUGCCAGAAGUUCUGCUAUGA